AUGGCUCUCUCACCUCGAGCCGCCCUCUUUGACCGGGGUCCAAGGCUGCUGAGAGACAUUUGGGCGCUGACUGGGAUUGCCAUUCUCACCGUCGCCUUGAGAGUGACUGCGAAAAUAAGAAUUCGGAAGUUUGGCUGGGAUGACAUUCUUAUGGUUUCGGCUUUGUGUCUUACUAUAAUCGGAUCAGCUCUGCUUACUGUGUGCGUCAACCAUGGGUUUGGUCGCCAUGUUUGGGACCUUGACUCAAAAACGGUCGUUCCCAAAGUCAUCAUGUUCGACUACUUGACGCAGACAUUCGGCAUUUCUGGCGGACAUGGUUCUGCUAUCUGGACGCAGCAUGGGAAGGAUAAAUGCUGGGAUGUCCGCGUCCAAGCAUACUACGGAUACUAUCAGGGCUCGUUUAAUUCGGCCACAGACCUUUACCUGGCGAUUUUCUCAACCUAUAUAUUCUGGAGUUUGAAUUUGAAAUUAAGGGUCAAGUUGGGCUUGGUCACGCUCCUUGGAUUGGGCAUUUUUGCAAUGGCAGCAUCCGUCAUGAAAGCAGUGCAAACCCGAGUCCUCGCAUACGCACACGAUGAUCCAACUGUCGCAACCGUCGACUACGAUCGCUGGCUGUACAUCGAAGCCUACGUAGUCAUCAUAACGGCAUCAAUACCUUGCAUCAGAUCCCUGAUACGAUCUGUUCGAGGAGGGACUGGAACUGGACGGAGCGCAUAUGAGUUGAGUUCGUCAUAUGCCGGAAACUCUAUGUCCGCGCCCAGAUCCCGGAGGUUGGCACCGAAGUCGAUGAUACGUAUCCCUGAAAGUUCCAGCGCGGAUGAUAUUCUGGAGCGGAAUAAUACCGAGGUUGACAGAGUACACGAGACGAGGGAUUUGAAAACUUCGGCACAUGUCAAUAUUUCGCCUUGUGAUGACGAUGCAUCAUCGAAAGGGGCAGUAAUCCAAUCGCGGGACUCUGAGACUGGCAUCACCGCCCUCAAGCCAACCUCACCUCAUCGCCAAAACAAAAUCCAAAAGAAGACAGCGGACGAUGUAGCCGGAAAGACGUUCGACUACAUCAUUGUCGGUGGCGGUACGGCUGGAUGCCUAAUUGCGCACCGCCUUUCUGCCUCCCCAAACGUCUCAGUUCUAGUGUUGGACAAGGGUCGCGUCAACGCCGGGGUUCUCUCACGGAUCCCGCUACUUGGCAUCCUACAGAGCGGGGUCGUCCGCUACCACGCCGAACCCAACGCGCAUUUGCGCGGGCGACAUGUGCAACUUCUGGCUGGCGAAAUGCUAGGUGGUAGCAGUCGCGUUCACUCCAUGGUAUGGAGUCCCGGCGGCCGUCCCGAAUUCGACGGCUGGGCACGUGAGCUUGGGUUGGACGAAUGGAGCUGGGAGAAGGUAGCACCGGCUUUUGCGCGGGUUGAGAAGGCAACCCAACGGAAGGGAGCGGGCGAUCUAGGGCUCAUGCCGUAUGUAGACACGGCGAUGCAAAGGGUAGGACUGGAUGACGGAGGGGGAAAGCGAGGCACUCAGAGAUAUACCCGCAGCGAGGUCUCGGUUGAUGCGGAAGGGAACAGGGUCUCUGCGUUGACGGCGUGGCUGAAUGCCUCGGUUGUGAAUGAAAGGAAGGGGCGACUGACGGUGUGUACAGGUGUGACAGCGGCGAAGCUAGAGUUUUCGGAUGACGGAACGAGGGUUACUGGCGUAUGGAUUAAUUCCGGAGGGAGCGACAUUUUGGUCAAGGCCCAACAGGAGGUUAUUGUCUGUAGCGGCGUCUUUGGCACACCGCAGCUGCUCAUGCAAAGUGGCAUCGGCCUUAAGGACCAUUUGUCUGCUCAUAAAAUUCCCGUGGUGCAUGAUCUCCCCGCAGUGGGUGCGAAUUUAACGACUCACAUCCUUGUACCGGUCAUGACAGAGCUUCCACUCAAGCACACACUGCAUAUUAUUCAGACGGUGGCUAUCCUAUGGCACUUUGUGCUGUGGCUCUUUUCCGGGACUGGAGUGCUUGCCUCUAACGGUCAAUGGGGCGCCGCAUUUUUGCACUCGGAUACGCUGGACGAGUCAACAAUGACAGUGACUCCUCCUGAAGACGGUGAGAAGGAAGUCACAGACCUUGAAAUCUUGAUUACCCCACUCAGCACGCUCAUCGAGCACGGUGUCCCAGGAGUGCCCUGCAUGACGUGCUUUGACGCGGAAGCGCCGCUGAAAAUUACACUCCCAUUGCUGGUUGAUGCACGGGAUAGCACGCGGCUGCGCAAGGCGGUGCGGUUCGCUAUGCGGUUGGCAGACGAGUUUGCGGGACCGGAGGUUGGGUAUCCACACCCGGCACCAUUAGUGAUGGCUCCCGGGAUGGGUUUGGAGUAUUUAGAUGGUCUUAUGAACAAGAAAAAGAGCAAGAGUGACAAGAGAAAGCUUACAAAGGCGUUGCCACCACAGAGGAACGCUUGGAGAACUGUGACUGACACGGAAAUCGAUGAGUAUAUAAAGAGGCUGGUGACAGGGAGCUAUGAUCCUGCUGGCACGUGUCGGAUGAGUCUUACAAAGGAGGAGGGUGUAGUAGACCAGAGCUUGAAGGUACACGGAGUGCGCAAUUUGCGAAUUGCAGAUGCAAGUGUGCUUCCCCGGUGUGGAGGUGCUUCGAUCUCGGCGUCCGUUUAUAUGAUUGGGGAGCGGUGCGCUGAGUUUGUCAUGAAGAAUUAG